UAUCGUUUUAGUUUCUAAUCAUAAUCGGUUAAUAGCUUUUUCGAAAAGGCUGGUCUCCUUUUUUAAACUUCAACCACUGCGUUUUGAAUUUUGAUCUUCUAAUUUCCACAAAAAGGAAUUCUUCAACAUGCUCGGUGCUUUCUCAAAAUCUUCAAUCAUAUCUAAAGUAGCCAAAGGAGUCGAGCAUGUCCAACACGAUGUGGCAACUGCUGUCUCAAAAUCAUCACAUAUGGUUGAUAAAACAGCCACAGGAGUCAAAGAUAUUCACAAAGAUGUGGUGAGUGCUGUCUCAGAAGCUUCAAGUAUUGUUGGAGAAGCAGCCAAAGGAGUCGAGAAUAUUCAACAAGGCGUGGCAAGUGCUGUCUCAGAAGCUUCAAAUACUGUUGAAGAAGCAGCCAAAGGAGCCGAGAACAUCCAACAAGGGGUGUUAAGUGCUGUCUCGGAAGCUUCGAGUAUUGUUGAAGAAGCAGCCAAAGGAGCCGAGAAUAUCCAACAAGGGGUGUUAAAAGCUUCGAGUAUUGUUGAAGAAGCAGCCAAAGGAGCUGAGAAUAUCCAACAAGGGGUGGUAAGUGCUAUCUCGAAAGCUUCGAGUAUUGUUGAAGAAGCAGCCAAAGGAGCCGAGAAUAUCCAACAAGGCGUGGUAAGUGCUGUCUCAGAAGCUUCAAAUACUAUUGAAGAAGCAGCCAAAGGAGCCGAGAAUAUCCAACAAGGGGUGUUAAGUGCUGUCUCGGAAGCUUCGAGUAUUGUUGAAGAAGCAGCCAAAGGAGCCGAGAAUAUCCAACAAGGGGUGUUAAGUGCUGUCUCGGAAGCUUCGAGUAUUGUUGAAGAAGCAGCCAAAGGAGCUGAGAAUAUCCAACAAGGGGUGGUAAGUGCUGUCUCGAAAGCUUCGAGUAUUGUUGAAGAAGCAGCCAAAGGAGCCGAGAAUAUCCAACAAGGCGUGGUAAGUGCCGUCUCAGAAGCUUCAAGUAUUGUUGAAGAAGCAGCCAAAGGAGUUGAGAAUAUCCAACAAGGGACGUUAAGUGCUAUCUCGGAAGCUUCAAGUAUUGUUGGAGAAGCAGCCAAAGGAGUCGAGAAUAUUCAACAAGGCGUCGUAAGUGCUGUCUCAGAAGCUUCAAAUACUAUUGAAGAAGCAGCCAAAGGAGCCAAGAAUAUCCAACAAGCGGUGGUAAGUGCAGUCUCUGAAGCUUCAAGUAUUGUUGAAGAAGCAGCCAAAGGAGCCGAGAAUAUCCAACAAGGGGCGUUAAGUGCUGUCUCAGAAGCUUCGAGUAUUGUUGAGAAUAUCCUACAACAAGCGGUAGUGAGCGUUGGACAGAAGGUUGCACAACAAACUACCAAAUUAAUUGGUAAUGAGGAGGAAGAGAGGUUGAAAUAUUUGGAAUUUGUGCAAGAUGCUACAAUUUAUGCAGUGGAUUCUUUCUCAAAGCUCUAUCUUUAUGCCAAGGACAAGUCUGGUCCAUUGAAGCCUGGUGUCAACACUGUUGAGGUUACGGUUAAGAGCGUGGUUAGACCUAUCUAUUCUAAGUUCCAUGAUGUUCCCAAUAAGGCUCUCAAGUUUGCAGACCACACGGUUGAUGCAUCUGUCACUAUUCUAGAUCCCUAUGUUCCCACAGUUGUAAAGCAUGUGUCCAUCCAAGCUCGUUUAAUAGCUCGCAUUCUGGCUUUAUCAGUUCGACUUUAUGGUGUGAUGUCAAGUGCCUCUAAAUUGGGAAAACCUUUGCUGCCCAUCGCAACAAUUACUAAUGUGUUUGGAGAUUAGGAGCCAUAUUCCACACCAAUUGCUUUCGGCUGAGCAAGAUGUUGAUGUGCUUUUUAUGUGUACUUGUCCUGUGUGUUCAGACUAUUUUUUUGGUCAUGUAUUAUGAAUGUUCAUAAUGGGAAUAAGGAGCCAAUUGAAUUAUUGGCCAAUAUCUAUUAGUAUUUAAAUCAAACUAAAAGUUAAGUGGUGGCUGUUUUAUGAGCUUGGAGUGGUUCUCAAGUGUUUGUUUGCUAGAAUCUAGGUGUGUUGGAAAGUGACACUUCUUAAUGCAUUCAGGUGGUAGGUGGCUUAAGUGUUUAAUAGAGGAUGAUAUAUGACUUUUGUUGAUAGUAUGUGGUAUGAGAAUGGGCUUUGUGUAAUUAUCUCUUUAAGGGAGGGUUGUGGCUUUUAAAAAUUCAAUUCUUGGAGGAAUAA